GAGUUCAAGAUGCAAGCACUGUGACUGAGCUAACCGCCCCAUCAGUCUCCACUCGCUUCCGGCUACACACAUCUGGUGAUCCAGAGACUGCUGCUGCGGGAUGUGCAGGAGAUGGUGUCGUCCUAAGUCACCGGGCGGAAGUAUCCUUGCUUGACUGGAUACCUGCUGAUAGUCGCCUCUGUGCGGUUCGUCUGGCGACGUCUGUGAAGGAGUCUCACAAGCGGAAAGUCGACGUGUUAGAGCAACGCCACAUGUCCAGACGACCCACAAUGCUGGUAUUCCUUGACCUUGAGAGUGCGUUUGAUUCUGUCGAUCGAUCAGUGCUCAACAGGACUUCCGGACGUGUGAGAGUAUAUGUCGAGCUCUCCAAAAGUUUCCGUACACAAAGUGGUGUCCAUCAGAGAUGCUCACUCUCCCCAUUCCUGUUUAACUUCGUGAUCGAUGAAAUCAUGAGACGAACGCUGGAUGGUCUACAAAACCCCGGUGUUGAAAUAGUCUGUGAUGAAUACCUUGUUGUUCUGGAAUAUGCAGACGACAUCGUUCUCAUGUUCGAAGAGGAGGAAAAGGCGCAAGUAUUCUUGGAUGAACUGACCAAAGUCAUCCCGUCCUUUGUUAACUUAUGUCAACUGCUGAAACUCAAACCGAGUCACUACUGUCUUAUGGUAUGUGAGGGACACAACGAUUCGUCGCUCAGCUCUUGGCAACGAGUUCCUCCAAGUAGCCAGUUGUCCAUGUGGCUUGAAACAAGCUAUGUAAAGAAAGGUGGUUUUGUUCGCCUUGUGCACAAAUCCCACAUAAACAAUCUUUUGAAGCCAAAUAUGGUCCUUUGGCGUCCGCCUGAUACACAAAAGAUCGUGGAUCCUGUGAGCGGCCGAGAGUUGUUGGAACAGAUGGGUGCACGGAUUUUGGUUUACCUUCCGGGUGAACGUAAGAUGGUUAUUCGUGCUCGCCCCAAUGAGCAGAUCGCUGAAGCAGUUCUUGAGGUCUGUAACCAACGUAACUUACUACCCUUUGAAUAUCUCCUUCAAAAUCCUCGAACGGGUGCUCCUCUCGAUCCGUCACUCACGUUUACCGAACAGAAAGUCACUGAAUUCGAGCUCAAACCAUGUACUCCCGGGUCAUCCAACCUCAAGUCACUGAAUACUGCUCAUCUCCAGUCAAGUGAUCAGGCGAACCAAGAAGCCAACCUCCCACAGCCGGGCCCUAAUAUCUUACCCGUCAGUCACAAACGUUUGCGGCAUCCAGCGGAGUCACGAAUUUACGCGAACAUUCAACGUCCCCAUACUAUGUGUAUUAACUAUUGCAACCAGUUGUCAGAGCCGGUCUCGGAGUACGCAACCAUAGACCGACCCAUGUCCACAAUUUCUUCCAAAUCCCGGAAGAAGCGAAUGGCUCCAGCCCCACCUCCACCCGCAGCCCCACCACCACCACCACCACCGCAGGUGUUUAACAGACCUCCACUGACUGAAGUGCCACACCGGCAACAACAUCAGCAGAAGGAGCCGCAUACUCGUUCAGCGCUCACAAUAUGUAGUCCGGAUACUUGUACUCUGUCUUCCACAGAAUCUGCGCGUGCAAAAUAUCGACGCCGAUCGGCUUCCAUGAAGGACAGUCCCUAUUUGUCUCGAAGUGUCUACUAUUCCGCAAGACCACAACAGAACCAAAGCGAACAAAGCGCCAAUCUCAGGUCGCCAAAUACUUCCUGGUACUCUGAGAGCUUCCUUCCUCACUCCGCUCGUGCCUUCGAACCGAAAUGUGAAGAAAAUCCACCCACACCUGCAGUCUCCGCCGUCUCAUUGCCACUAUCAGUUACCACUCGUUUGGGUUAUCCGCCUGAGGCAGGAUCCAUGGAGCCUGUUGCAGUGUGUGAAAUCUUACCUGAAUCCCUCUCAGAAGCGGACGUUGUCGAGGAUAGCACAGACAAUAUUUUCCCAGAUAGGGAUGAACCGCGUCAAAUUCAGGAUAGUGUAUCGAAAAAGUCAGAAGUGAGCGAAGAAGCGCCCCCCUCAGCGACUAAAGUCGUUCCGCCCGUCGCGGUUGAUCUUCCUCCCAAUUACAACGACACUGGCAAACCUGUUUGUAGCAGGCCCACUUCCAUUCCACCGGUCUUGAUGCGUCAGCUACAGGAGAAACUUUCUGGACUUCCGAGUACUUCAGAACAACCCGGAAUCCGUGACUCGACUAUUUCGCAGCCGGCAGAACCGAGAGAAAAGCCGUCAAUCGCUCCGCGACCCUCUAUGGACGUGCUUUUACAGCAUACCAAAUACCGUCAAAUUUUGGCUUCCGCUCCUUAUGUAAUGAGAUCCAGGUCUGCUUCUGGUGAUAGCCAAGAUUCUACAGAUCCUGCGAUUAAAUUAAACAGCAUGACCCCUUCAGAUAUUACUUAUGGUCAGGCGGCCACGGCCUAACUGUUGACGUUCGCGAACAUGACCUCAGGCAAGCCGAACUGUUGCUGGACUGCUCUUCAACGUGAUUGCUGCUUUUUAGCUCUGUUCAGGUUAUCCGGGGUUAACUAUGUUACAUCUAUGCACAUUCACUUUACUAUACUACCGCACCUUCCCGAAACACAUGUGUGUUGGCCUGAGUACCAAGGCUUCCCACUCCACCGAGACUGACUUCAUCAUUUUCUAUCCGUCACGACCACAUGUCUUUUAUUUGGACGCUCCAUAUCGUCCAUCUAUUCUGGAUUUCGAUUCCCCUUACCUACCACAUUGUUCCUCGCACUUGUUUUUGAAAUACUGGAUGAGCUUGAUUGACGAAAAGCUCCGUCACUUGGGGCUUUUUUUCUCUAUUUUCGGAUUAUCAAGCAUCAUCUUCG